UAGCCCCUGCCGCGCCCCACCUCACCGGGGCGGCCUCUCCCGAGUCCGGACGCCGGAGGGAGUGAGCGGCCCGGCCCGGCUCGGCCUGGCCUGGCCUGCGGAGCCGCCAGCGUGACCGGCCGCCAGGUGAAGGGCUCUGCGGAGGCCGAGGUGUGUGCUGCCACUCUCCCUGCUCUCCUUUGGAUCCAGCUCGCCUGGCAUGCCGUAUCUAUAGAUGCCUCUGUACUGCCCUGUCUGGCUGUGCAGAAGAAAAGUCCAGAGAUCCCUGUGGGAUGUGGCCGUGGCUGGACUCUUGAUGAUGCCGUGUUUUUCGAUGAGGGUGGAGCAGAAGCUGGACUUCACUUGGUUGCGCUACGCCCUCUGAAGGAGCAGUCAUGUCGGUGAUGGUGGUGAGGAAGAAAGCGAUGCGGAAAUGGGAGAAGCUGCCAGGCAGGAACACCUUCUGUUGCGAUGGUCGUAUCAUGAUGGCCCGCCAGAAGGGCAUCUUCUACCUGACACUCUUCUUAAUUCUUGGCACCUGUGCCCUCUUCUUUGCUUUUGAGUGUCGCUACCUGGCAGUUCAGCUGUCUCCAGCCAUCCCUGUCUUUGCAGUAGUUCUUUUCCUAUUCGCGAUGGCCAUGCUCCUGCGGACAAGUUUCAGUGAUCCUGGUGUGAUCCCCAGAGCCCUGCCUGAUGAGGCAGCCUUCAUUGAAAUGGAGAUUGAGGCCACCAAUGGAACUGUGCCUCAGGGUCAGCGCCCGCCUCCACGUAUCAAAAACUUCCAGAUCAACAACCAGAUAGUGAAGCUGAAGUACUGUUAUACGUGCAAGAUCUUCCGGCCCCCCCGUGCCUCGCACUGCAGCAUCUGCGACAAUUGUGUGGAGCGCUUUGACCAUCACUGCCCCUGGGUUGGGAACUGCGUGGGGAAGAGGAACUACCGCUACUUCUACCUCUUCAUCCUCUCGCUCUCACUCCUCACCAUCUACAUCUUCACCUUCAACAUCGUCUACGUGGCACUCAAGUCUCUGAAGAUUGGCUUCCUGAACACGUUGAAAGAGACCCCUGGAACGGUCCUGGAGGUGCUUAUCUGUUUCUUCACCCUCUGGUCAGUGGUGGGGUUAACCGGAUUCCACACCUUCUUGGUGGCUCUGAACCAGACGACCAACGAAGACAUUAAGGGGGCAUGGACUGGGAAGAACCGGGUGCAGAAUCCCUAUAGCCAUGGGAACAUUGUGAAGAACUGCUGUGAAGUGCUGUGUGGGCCACUGCCCCCCAGUGUGCUGGACAGACGGGGCAUCUUGCAGCAGGAGGAGAGCAGUGCGCCGGGGCCCGGCACUCAGGAGCCCAGCUCAUCGGAGAAGAGCAGCACUCAGGAGCCUGAUGCUGCUCAGGUGCUUGGUGCGCAGGCAGUGGGCAGCACUCAGGAGGGCAGCAGCAGUCCCACGCGUCAAAGUGCAGUCCCCAUGCUGCCGCUGAGCCCCACUGGGAUGCCGGAGGAGACUCAACCUUCUGCUGUGAAGCUCCCAGCACAGCCCCAGGACGAUGGGCCAACUGAGCACUAACCUCUGUUCAAAAGGAGAACAUUGUUUGUUCUGUCCAAUCAAUGCCAGAAGUGAUUGCCAGGCGGAGAAGGCCGGCUGGCUGGCAGGCGAGCAGACCACUCCUCACUGAGGGGAGCAGAUGGGCUGGCAGGCAGGCGAUUCCUCAUGGCCAUUUUGCUUUAGUCUUUAUUCACUUGAUUGUGGACAGGAGUGCGCCUGGCCCAGGUCAUUGCCAAUGGAUUCAAAGAGUGAGCAGAGCACGUCAGUCAUUGGUACAGACCUUUACCCUUGCAGCUGGUCUCGGAACAGGUUGAAGUAGGACUUCUCACUCUGCAGUUGGUCCUUAGUGCUAAAUGCUAGCCUGGCCAUGGCCCUCUCUUUCUGCCCCAGCAGUCAUCUCUGACGUCGGCAGCUGCCCUGCAGUGGAGUGGCAGGAUUGAGGAAUCAUGAUGGGAAGGUGACUGUGACCAUGGCAGUGUUCGUCUCUCUUCCUCCCCCUUCUCCCUCAGUCUCUGGCAUUAUUUUAUUGUUUAAGGUGGUGGGGUAGCCAGGAAAUACUGUCUUGGUGCCAACAGGGCCAGAAACACCUGGCACCUGGAGAUGGUUUUCUGUAGCUUCCUUCCCAAACUUCCCGAUUAGUGACUAGCAGGCAUUAGAGGUCCUUGAACAAUCAUAAAGUGGGCAGCCUCCUUUGGGGGAGUGUACCUUUCACUGCAGGAGUGUCGGGGGAGAGCAAUGCCAGGGGCAGAGCUCGCUACUCUCUUGACCCUGCACCAGCUGCAGAGCAGUUGCACCAGGGAAUCAUGAGGGAAGAGCCCUCUUAGGUCAUUUGCACUCUGUUCCUGGGGCCAGGGCAGGACUUGUUCCCUAGUGCCUUGUCGACUCUUGUGUUUGCUGCCCCGAGCAAUGGGGCUUCCACCCCUUGCCUGGGGAGGCUGUGCCCCCAUUGAAGUAAAUGGUGAAAAGCUCUUUCCCUCUCUCUGUCCCGGUUGGCUCUGAACUCCCUUUGUCAGGAGGUGCCUAGGCCUCACUGCAGUAUUCCAGGGCCCCCACAUACUUUUCCACCUGGAGCAAGGGGUUCUGUCAGCUGGGUCAGGGGGCUGUUGCCUUGGGAGAAGGAACUCUUUGGAGUCUGACUCCUUUCUCCUCCUGUCUGCAUGAGCCAUGCUCCUGGGGGCUCCCAGUCUCAGCUCGAGGGCUGCGGUGAGGCAGCUUAGCCAUCUUCUUUGUGCCAUCUUCCCUCCAUGUUUCCCACCAAGAGAUAUUGAGUGGGGCUAAAAGGAGGAGCCCUUCUGUGGCACCCCCCAUGUGCCCCCAGGGGAGGGGUGUCCCCUGCCCGUCUGUCUGUUGUAAUUCCCAGUCUCUGCUUAGGGGGAAUUCCUGAUUCUGCUCAAGAGGGCACUCUUAUUCUCUUAUUCCCCUCCACUUGUGGUAUGUCCUAGGGUGAGAACCUGGCAUGGAGGGAGGGAGGAAUUGGGGUAACUGAGGCGUCUGACCUGCUUCCCCCCAAGCUUGAGGCAGGAGCCCCCCCAUCUUGACCCACAUUUACUGGCCUGUAACUAGUUCUCAGAAAGGUCUGUCUCAGCUGGCAUUGGAGGUGAUCCUAGCAUGAGAGACCUGCACUGUGCCCUGUCUCCCAGCACUCCCCUUACAGCAGGUGUGUGCUGAGAGUCCUGAAGGGCAGUGCUCUGCAGAGCAGGGGGGAGGUUGGAGCUGCCCUACCUCUCUGGCUUGAGGGCAGCACUGUUGAGAUCUGGGGGCAGGAUCCUUCCUGUUCCUCCUUUGGCUGUGUGGCCCGGCCUCUGUCCCAUUCAACCUUAAAGCUCCCACUCUAUGCUGGCUUGAUGCAAGUGGGAUGGCCAGGGUAGAAGGCACAGAGGCAUUCCCAUUUCCCCCCCAUCUCUGUAGUUGAGCACAGUUCAAAAUUGCUGCCUCCUUUAGCUCCAGCUGGAGUGUGUUGUCCCCUUGAGAACUUUCCCCUCUUCCCCUGCUGGGAGAGCACAGAGGAGGAGCCUUGAGUCUGGCUGGCCCCUCUGAGAUCACCCACCCUGUGCCAGGUUCUGGGCUCUACAUCCCUCCCCACGGAAGACUUAGUCCUGUGGGUGGGACUUGUCCCUGCUGUAUAGGCUCAGCGCUCUGCCACUCCAGUGGUGCUCCACUCCCCGCCCAUGCUAGUGCCCCCUGCCUGCUGGGGACUGUGUUGGAGGCUACAGCCAAACUCUUCCACCUGCCCCCAACAUGCUACCGACCAAAUCUCAAAACUUGUUGCAAAAAAUGUAUUUCUGUUUUUACUAAUCUAUUUUCUGAUGUACCGUGUCAAACUCUGCCCACUGGGGGGGCCCUCUGGUGCCUCUUGCACCGUGGCUCCUUGUCUGAUCCGUUAAGUUUCUCAAUGAAGGAAGUUUUUUUUUUUGUUUUUUGGAUUUUUUAAACAAAUGAAGGAAUCCUAAUCAGUU